AUGGAGGAUACCAAAAUAAUUUAUCAUAUCGAUGAUGAAAAUACGCCUUAUUUAGUGAAACUAUCUGUGAAUGCAGAUAAAGUCACCCUUGGUGACUUCAAAGCUGCCUUGAAUAGACCGAAUUACAAGUUUUUCUUCAAGUCUGUUGAUGCUGAUUUUGGUGUUGUGAAAGAGGAGAUUAGUGACGACUUGGCCUGCCUCCCUUGUUUCAAUGGAAGGGUUAUAGCAUGGCUUGUCACUGCCGAUGGAAGUGCCAAAUCCGAUAACCAUUCAUCUACUGGUGACGGACUGGCGACUGGUGAUUUUCAUGAUGAGCCGAGCAAAAACGCAACUUCCAAUAAAGCGAAUGCCAAUGACAACCGUGAUGAAUGUGAAACUUGUGGCGACAGUGAGUCGGUAUGCAGUGGCGAUCAUCUCCCUCCCCUUCGGAACUUUCAAAGCUAUAAACAUGGCAAGUUUUCCUGCUCACGACUGGGCAAACUUGGAAGAGGAAACCAAAGCAUUUAUGAUACCUCCUCUUCAAUGCUUAGCUCCGAUCUAGAGUCCACUAGUUUCUUUGAUUCUGAGGAUGAAUCUAGCCGGUUCUCGACGGCCACUGGGACAACGAUGUCCUCCAUACGCUACGGGGCUUACAGACAACGGCGCCGUCGACGUUUUAUGCCCAUCAGUCGGAUUAGUGAGGAUGCCUCCUCCUACAGCAGCAUGACAGACUCGACAAUGUCGCUGAAUAUAGUGACGGUAACGCUGAAGAUGGAGGCAGUGAACUACCUGGGCAUCUCCAUCGUGGGUCAGUCGAACCGUGCAGGUGACGGUGGCAUCUACGUGGGCUCUAUCAUGCGUGGUGGAGCCGUCGCCCUGGAUGGGCGCAUUGAGCCUGGCGACAUGCUGCUUGAGGUCAACGGCAUCUCCUUCGAGGACAUGAGCAACGAUGACGCUGUUCGCGUGCUCCGUGAACAAGUUCAAAAACCUGGUCCGAUCACCCUGGUGGUGGCCAAGUGCUGGGAUCCGAACCCACGGAGCGGGUGUUUUGUACUCUCGCGGCAGGAACCGGUGCGCCCUAUAGAUCCACGCGCCUGGGUGCUUCACACCAACGCUAUGACUGCAGCUGCCGCUGGCUCUCCAAACGCUAACCUUCAUUCUGAUCCUCUCGGUGGUCUUUCCGAUGCCAACUCCACUGCGUUCUGUGGAAACUACCCAAUAUUAGCUGGGGGCGUUAACAGUGGCGGAGUGAUGUUGUCAAUGCCAAAAAGCAAUGCUUCCAGUUCCUCGGUCACACCAAAAUCCGCGCCAGAUUCAGCGGGUGGUGGCACUGGGGGUGCUGGCGGAGGAGGUGUGGGCAGUACGGGUCCUUUUCUUACACACCACUCUCAGGCGGGGUCCACCCAACCACCCUCCGAGCUGGUGCCUUCUUCCACGGGUCUGGAGAAGUCGCAGCAACUCAAUGUGGCUACCGACAUGGCUCUCGUUGUGCGUGCGAUGCUGCAACCCGAUUCUGGCCUCGAGAUUCACGAUCGCACCUGGCUCAAAAUCACUAUUGCCAAUGCUGUCAUUGGCUCAGAUUUGGUAGAUUGGCUGUUUGCUCACGUGGAUGGAUUCAACGAUCGUCGGGAGGUCAAGAAGUAUGCGUCAAAUCUGCUCAAGUGCGGGUACAUCCAACACACCGUGAACAAAGCCACUUUUUCCGAGCAGUGCUACUACGUGUUCAGUGAUCUCGCUGGCACAGGCAAGUUUCUGCUAAAUAUGGAGGAGAUGGAUUCAGUGUCAGAAAUAGGUGGAGUGACUCGUCAUGGCCCUAGCGGAGGGAUAGGAAUGAUACCGGUGAAUAACGGUGCCGGUGGCUCUUCGGUCACUUCGUUCGCGCGAUCGCUGCCUCCCGCGGGAUUCAGCGCUGCAAGCGCGGUUGCCAAUACCGCCGCUGCCGCCUCUUUCUGGCCCUCCGCAGUCGGUGCGGCAGGCGGAGGAGGUAUGCCGCAACCUGCUGUGCUCUUCCCCGGUCCUGGUAAUCCAUCACAGCCUCAGCCUCCACCACCGCCGACCCACCAGCACCUCACUGGUUUACUUCCCGUCUCCACAGCUGAACUGCAGACGGUGGAAAUGAAGGGACACAGCAUGCUUCCGACACAGCAACAGCAGCCGCACCAACAACAGCAACAGCAGCGUGCAGACGUGGUGGACGAUGAUGGAAGUUCUUCAGCCGGUUCCAGUAGCUCCACUUCAACCUCCUCCUCUUCCUCCUCCUGCUCCUCCACUGCAAGACAACCACCACCACCGCCACCUCCACAAGCGCAUCCAGUCGACACGUUGGCACCAUCGAUGCGCGUAGUGGAAUACUUCUUGGAGGGGGACCGAAUCCCCUUCUCUCCCCACCGGUAUCCUCGGGAGCAAGCGCGCGAGGGCCAGCUCCUCCUCCUCCUCAACCUGCGCCUCCCUUACAAUCGCAAACAUCCACGGUCGCCACCGGUUCCACUUCGAGUCUAUCUCACCACCGCGUCGGGCGUUUCAAAUCUUAGUCCAACCGUUCGCCCAUCUCUCUCAAUCACGAGGCUAUUUUACACGAGAACAAUGUAA